AUGGACCCCCGGUCUUGCACCGCCGGGAUCCUCCUCCUCCUCCGCCGCCGCGCCCUCGCAUCCGCGCCGCCCCAGACCCGCCGCUUCUCAGCCGACGCCGCCGCCGCCGCCGGCCAUCGCGCCAACAAGACGCAGGUCCACGUGUCCCGGUCCACCGAUCCGCUGCUCAACCUCUCCGUCGAGCACAGGCUGCUGCAGGUCACGCCCCCGGACUCCACCGUCCUCGUGCUGUACGUCAACGCGCCGUGCGUCGUCCUGGGCCGCAACCAGAACCCCUGGCUGGAGGUUGACCUGGACCGGCUGGCGCGCAUCGCCAAGAGCCCCGGCGAAAUCGGAUGGACAGACGCGCCGGUCGGGCUGGUGAGGAGGCGGUCCGGCGGGGGCACCGUGUUUCACGAUCUGGGCAACGUCAACUAUAGCGUCAUCUGCCCUCCGCGGACGUUUGAUCGCGACAGGCACGCCCAGAUGGUGGUGAGGGCCCUCCGGGCGCUGGGCAGACCUGGCGUCCGCGUCAACGGCCGGCAUGACAUUGUGAUCCACGACGACCUUUCCGGCGGCGUGGCCGAGGCCGGGGCCGGGCGAGCAACCUCGGGCGGCAGCACCUUCAAGAUAUCUGGCUCGGCGUACAAGCUGACUCGUCUGCGGUCGUUGCACCACGGAACCUGCCUCCUGCGAAGCCCCAACCUGGCCAGCAUAGCCGGCCUCCUCCGCUCUCCCGCCGAGCCGUUCGUCAAGGCUCGCGGCGUCGGCAGUGUCCCGAGUCCCGUCCGAAACGUAGAUUUGCCAAACGACGUCUUCCAGGACGCCGUCGUCAAGGAGUUCUCCAGCAUGUAUGGGCCCUUGCAUCUUCAGACGGAAUUCACCGAUGACGCUUUGAUGGAUGCCCAGAUCCGCAGCGGUUAUCAAGAGCUGGCAUCGAGGGAUUGGACCUACGGGCAAACACCGCGAUUUGCUUUUUGCACGCAUCCUACCGAGCAGGAUCCCCGGCCGCGGCCGCAGUUAACCUUUGACCAAAAGCUGCAUUUUGAAGCAAGAAACGGACGCGUCGACGAGUUUCAAAUCGACGGGUAUCGAGACGUUGACGUGGCUCGGCUUGGCAAAACUCCCCUGCAAGACGUUCACGACUGGCGACUGCAUCUGGCCCGAGCUGGCCUGGCCAGUGGAGAUGCUGGGCAGCUCGGCAUCUGGCUGAACCAAGUUCUCGGAACCGAGUUUACGCAGAUGCCGUUCCCGGCAAACCAUUAG